AUGGAGGCGGCAGAGAACGGUGACUUUCAGCAAGAAGAUGAAGAAGACGAGGUGUUUAUCCAGACCUGGAUCCCAAGCAAUUUGAAUCAGGUUUCUGACCAACGGUUCUUGGAUCGGGAGCUUGAGAAGAGGCAGCGCGGGGAGGAGGUUCUUUACGAACGACUUCUAGCAUCUGACGAACCGAGUGUCGAGGAUGAGCCAGCACCGGGCGAAGCGAAGCAGAUUGCGAACAACAGCGAAAGCGACGACGAGCCUGAGGACCCUGACGAGGCUGCCUCUGGCUCGGAACUGGAGGAAGGAGCCAAGAAUGAUGGGCACAGACCGGAUGGAAUGGACAAGGCAGAGUGGAAACGGAAGGUGAAGGAGGAAAAGCGGGAGAAGCGAAAGGACAAAGUGCCAAAGGCACUCAAGAAGAAAUUUCGCAAGCAAGCCGCACAGGGGCGAUGA